GAAUCGUCAACGAGGCUUCUUAUUCUUCUCAGCAACCGGCCGACUUCAGCGACUCGGUCCCCUCUCCAUCCCUCCCCAAUAAGAAGACGACCCUCCGCGAGUCCUGGCGACAUCCAAAGCCAACGGCGGAGAAGUAGUAUAAGGAAGAAGCCCCUUCAUCGUCCAAUAUUUGGCUUCUUUUCUGGAUAAAUUUCUUCGAGAGAGGUUUUCUUUUCUUCAGAAGUUAAAGGCGUGCACCAGCCAAGCCUGACCUGCAGUUCUCAGCAUUUCAAUUGUUUACAAGAUACGCCAUGGCUUUUGCCGUGUCGGAUGAGUUGCUGGGAACCUUCGUGCCGGUCGCUGUCUACUGGAUUUACUCGGGAAUAUAUAUGCUGCUGGGUGGUUUGGAGAAUUACCGGUUACAUCCAAAGGGCGAGGAGGAUGUGAAGAACAUUGUCUCUAAAGGAACAGUUGUUCAAGGGGUACUAGUUCAGCAGACAUUUCAAAUUGCUGUCUCCCUGCUUCUGUUCAUGGUCGUAAGCGAUGACAGUGGGGUCACACCGCCACAGCCUUCUCCCCUUGUGAUAGUGGUGCAGUUCAUCAUCGCAAUGGUGGUUAUGGAUACAUGGCAGUAUUUCAUGCACAGAUACAUGCACUUGAACAAGUUCUUAUACAAGCACAUCCAUUCCAAGCACCACAGUCUCGUUGUCCCCUAUGCCUUUGGAGCUCUCUACAACCACCCCCUUGAGGGUCUGAUACUAGAUACAAUUGGUGGCGCCCUGUCUUUCCUUGUCUCUGGCAUGACACCCCGGACUGCCAUCUCCUUCUUCUCUUUUGCCACCAUCAAGACUGUGGAUGACCACUGUGGGUUAUGGCUUCCAGGGAACCUGUUCCAUGUGUUCUUUAAUAACAACAGCGCUUAUCAUGACAUCCACCACCAGCUCUAUGGCAACAAAUACAACUUCUCCCAGCCCUUCUUUGUUAUAUGGGACAAAAUUCUUGGAACCCACUUGCCUUACUCUCUUGUGGAGAGAAAAGAAGGGGGAUUUGAGGCGCGGCCAAUCAAAAAGGAUUAAGAUUUCGCUGCUAUCAUCUCUAAGUUGUCUAUCACGCCGCAUUUUUUAAAUGAAAGCCUCAUCACCUAGCUGCUUCAUUUCUCCAAUAGUUAAUCAUAGAAUCUUUUUGGAGAAAUUAAGCAUAGAUUAUAUACCUCACCUUUUGUUCAUAGUUUUGAAGUGAAAGCCAGAGGAUAGUGUCCAUUAAUGUAGUCUCCAUGUUUGUACAAAAUUAUUGAUUACUCCUAAAUAAGACUUUGUAUCAUUUACUUAUUAUUAUUAUAUUUUGGCCCGUUUAGUCUUUUGCUGA